CCGGAAGGGCACGGAACCAACCGAGUGGAAGGGUUUUGUCACUCGCGUGGAACCCUAAACCCUAGCAGCCCUUCUCUCCUCAGACUCUCCGCGCCUCACUUUCUUUCCCAUUCUUGCCGCUCUCCCCCUUCACGCUCUAUGGAAAUGGAAUUCUGGGGUGUUGAGGUCAAAUCUGGUGAGCCACUAAAAUGUGACCCCGGAGAGCAUACCUACGUGCAUCUAUCCCAGGUGGCUCUUGGGGAGAUUAAAAAGGACAAACCAAGUGAAAAUGUACCGAUCUAUGUGAAGGUUGACGAUAAGAAGCUUGCCAUAGGAACGUUGUCUACUGAAAAGUGUACCCAAGUAUCUCUUGACCUAAUAUUUGAGAAAGAAUUUGAACUAUCCCAUGGUUGGAAGAAUGGGAGCGUUUAUUUCUGUGGCUAUAAGUCUAUUCCAGAGGAUGAAGAAGAUGAUGAUUCAGAUUCUGGUCCAGAAGAUCUCAUCCCGCUUUUGAGAAAUCAAAAUGGAGAGGCCAAACCCAAACCUGUGCAGCCUAAACCUCUCACUGCCAAGCCCAAGGGUAAACCAGAUCUGCCAGAUUCUGAUGAGAGCGAUGAGGAUGCAGAUGAUGAUGAGGAUGAAAGUGAUGAAGAGGACGGGGAUGAGGAGAUGCAAAGUGGUGAUGAGAGCGAUGAAGACGAGGACGAUGAGGAUGAAGACAGUUCUGCUGACGAAGAAACACCUGAGAAGGCUGGUAAAGGCAAGAAAAGACCCCAAGAAUCUGCUACGAAGACUCCUGGACCAGAGAAGAAAGCAAAGCUUGUGACUCCAGACGGUGGGAAGACAGGUGCCACAGAAGGCAAGAAGGGUGGUGGACAUGUCGCUACGCCCUAUCCGUCCAAAACUGCUGGAAAGACACCUGGCGGUGAUAAGGCAAAGCAGCAGACCCCAAAUGCCCAGGCUAAGAAAUCCGGACAAGUGAUUUGCAAGAGCUGCAGCAAGACAUUUGGCUCGGAGCAGGGGCUGGAAAGCCAUACCAAAGCUAAGCACAGCGCAACAACGAAGUGAUACAGGUGUUUACAUAAGAGCGGAAGGGAGGUGUUUCUCCAAAGUUUUGUAGGCGGUUGGUUGGGUAUACUGAAAAGGAGGGAUAAGGUUUCAAAGGAUUAGAAACUUGAUUUUCAGGUUCAAGGUGGUGGAUUUAAUGGUUUUAGGUCCUUAGUUUGAUAUUAAUCUAGGAAGCCUUUGGACAUCCAUGUCGUUCUAGUGGUUCAAGUGAUUCUGUUGGAUUGCAUAUUGGCGUUUUUUCUUAUUGAUAGUUUUAUUCUUA